GAUCAGCAACAGAGAAUGUUUGGUGGUGGUCAGAUGAACAAGCCACCUGGUAUGUCAGUGACCAACAUGGCCCAGCAACAGCCCCAGUUACCGUACAGCACAAUGGGUCGACCACCAAACCAGACUUCACAGGGUAUUAACUCUACAGCUAAUCAGGACAUGAGCAUGAUGAAUCAAGCCAGGCUACAGAACAUGGGAGGUCCUCAGAUGUCACAGGACACUGGUAUUAUGCCAGUUGUUGGCGGCAACCCUCAAACUACCAACAUGCAACAGUCAAAAUCAGGCAUGAUGGUGAAUAUGGGACCAAAUAUGGGACCUGGGCCACAUAACAUGGUACCAGCAUCUACUGGUAUUACAUCAAUGCCUUCUAGUACAGGUGGGGUUGUUGGUGUAACACAAGCGCCAGCUAACAUGGGAGGUAAUGCAUUUGCCCAGCAACAGAUACCUGGACCAGAUCAACAAGUAGCAAACCCUCUACAGAACAGAAAUAUUAUAUGGAAAGGACAGUUAGAAUGGCAAGAUAAGAAGACAGUGAUGCAGGGACCCAGUGCUAGAAUAACAAGAAGUCUAGGAUGUAUGGUAUCAAUAGCAAGAACCGAUUCAGAUAUUAACACCCAAAGUUGGCCAAGUACUUUAAUCAUGCAGUUGAUGCCACAGACUUUAUUAAACUCACAGCAGUUACAUCCCUUGUUUAAAAAUAGCAGACAGGUGGCGUUCCAUUUUCACAACACAAAUCUUGAUGAUUUAAGAAACUUGUAUAAAGUGAUGGGCAGUGGAUUUGCUGGAUGUGUUCAUUUCCCACCAAGUACAGCAUGUGAUAUCCGUGUUCUAUUGUUACUGUUCAGUAAUAAAAGGAAAUCAUUUGUUGGUUUGAUACCUAAUGAUCAGAGUGGAGUGGUAAAUGGAAUACGCCAAGUGAUAACACAACAUAAACAAAGGACUCAGGCUAAGUUGCUGAGCAGUCAGUUUGGAAUACCCACUCCUUUAAGUUCCCAGAUGCAGCAGACACCUGGACAGAAUCCUAUGCCAGGACCAGGUGGAAUGCCAGGUAUGGGACCACAAAAUAUGGGCGGUAUGGUGCCAGGCUCAGGGCCCGGUGCAGCACAGAUGCCCGGAGCUACUAUAGGAAUGCAGCAGCCUAGAAUGGGAAUGGAUCAGGACAGUCAAAUGGUUCAGGCACUGAAAAUGCAACAAGAACAAAAGGCAAGACAACAACAACUUCUAGAUGAGAUGUAUUAUGGGCCACCACAAAAUAUGUUUUCGGUUCAACAACAACAACAACAGCAGCAGCAGCAAAUGCAGCAGCGUCAACAGUUACAAAUGCAGCAGCAGCAACAACAACAACAGCAACAACAACAACUUAGACAUCUGCUGCUAAAUCAGCGUCAACAACAGCAGCAGCAACAACAACAACAGAUGAUGAUGCAAGGUCAAGGUCAGCCACCAGGAAUGAUGGGAGGUCAACAAGGGAUGCCGGGUCAAGUUCCAAGUGGAAUGGGGAACCAGAUGUCUCAACCACAACAACAACAGAAUCUGCUCUUUGAUGACUUUGAUCUGCCUUUAUGAAAUAAUAAUAUAACAAGCUAAAGUUCUUCUUUUAUGAAAUAUUUAUAUGCCAUAAAUUAUGGAGUAAGCAUUUAAAAUGCCAAAGUUAAGAGCUUGACUUUAUUAUGUAUGUUGUAACAAGAUCUAAAUCUGCCCUUGUGUAGUGUUUAGUUUUAUGUACAUUGUAACAGGCACUUGAUCUGCCUCAUUAAAGUGCUUGAUUUUAGGUAUAUGAUCUGCCUCAUUAAAGUGCUUGAUUUUAGGUAUUUGAUAUGCCUCAUUAAAGUGCAUAAUUUCGUGUACAUCGUAACAGGCACUUGAUCUGCCUCAUUAAAGUGCAUGAUUAAAUGCACAUCAUAACAGGUACUUGAUCUGCCUCAAUAAUGUGCUUGGUUUUUAUGUACAUCAAUUCAGAUAUUUGAUCUGCCCCAUUUAAGUGCAUAAUUUUAUGUACAUCAUUACAGGUACUUGAUCUGCCUCAUUAAAGUGCUUGAUUUAAUGUACCUCCUAACAAGCAUGUGAUCUACACAAAUGAAGUGUUGGACAUGUCAUUCAUUCAAAAUGAACUAAAUCAUCUUCUUUUUUAAGAAAAAUUGACCUUUUCGAAAAACCUAGCUUAACACCGUUUUCCGGUACGUUACCGUUUUAGCUCUGGGGAAUUACACCAAAUGAAGUACAUAACACAGUUACGUGAUAUUUCUAUUUUCUAUCAUUAUUUAACCCUUUAAGGUGAAAAAAUUGAUGUUUUUGAAAAUUAUCAAUAUUCCUUUGAUAUCUAUUGCAAAUUAUUCAAAAAAAUAAAUCAUUUAUAAUGAAAAUCAAUAAAAUUCAAACAGACGUAGUGGAAUCUUCCAUAAUAAAUAAGGUUAUUUUCUGUGUAAACUUGUGCAUUUACUUUAUUUUUUGUAUGGAAAUAUUCAGACAAUGAUAUUUAAUUAUUUUCUUAUAAAAGAGAUAACUGUUUUAUUUCAAUUUAAUUUAAAAAAGGCCGAAAACAUCGAGUUCCCUAUUACACUCCAUUAGGUGAAUUCCCCAGAGCUAUGUACAGAAAGUACCGGAAAACGGCGAUUAGCUAGGUUUUCGAAUUCGUGAAUUAAAACUGUUGUACAGACUGAAUUAACAGUGCAGACCAUGAUCAUUUGGCACAGAUUAAGUCAUAACUUGAUAAGACAGUGUGGAUGUAUGGCUGAUUUUUAUUGCACUAAUCAAAUGGAUAUUGUAUCAGGCUAAAUAACUUAAAAUUCCAUCUGUUGCAUGAAUGAGAUAUAAGAAACCUAUCCAGAAAUCAAAGGAAUAUAUACUAAAUGAAAAAAGUGAUUUUGUUUUGCCAGUUUAUUCUAUAUUUUUGUACUUCCGUUUUUUUGAAAGCUUUUGUAAAGCCAUUGUAUUGAAUGUAUUGUAUUAUAUGAGUCAGUUUUUAUUUUCAAACAUGUUUAAAUACUUGUUUAUAACAGUAUUUAUAUUUAACUGUCUCAAAAUGUGUGUGUAUAUAGAUAUGAUCUGUUAAUUAAGUCAGUAACUGUCUAUAAAAUACUUGCAUAAAUUAUGAAUUAUUUAACAAACAUUAAUGAAUACUAAGAGGAGUGUUUAAUUUAGCCAUUUGCUUUGAAAAAUGAGUCUCAAGAUAUUAAAGACUUCUAUAUUAAAGGUCCAAUUUUUAUAGAAUCUAAGCUUCAAUGAAACCCUGUCUGAUGACGGCAUAUUUGGUUUUCAUUGCAGUUACUGUAUGGUAAUAACUUAUGAAAUACAUUACAUCCUUUAUUGUCAGAAAAUUUGUUUGAAAAUCAUACCAAAGUACCUAAAUUUGUAAAUUUCUGUUAAAGUGAGUGGGGCAUACUAACACCACUACUGGCAUGCGAGCAGUUCCCGUAAAGAAGCAGUACCCGUAUUUUUCAUUUAAACGCUUGAUUUUUACUUGCAUUCUUCAAAAAUUCAUUUCAAAUCAAACAGAUACAUAAACGAGACAAAAUCUAAGUGUCAGUUCUGCAGUACGUAUAUAAAGUCUCAUUUUAAAUCACUUUCACCUGUGCGUCGUCAAAACGUGACCUUGUUUUCUCUGGGGGAUUCCGUCCUUGCGUGCAUGCGCAAAAAUACUUACAUGUGAGGCUUGUUAAAGGGUUUUCCACUAAUACCACCUGUUUACAGAUAAGUAGACAAUGUGAUGAAAACUUGUUUAAUUAUCAGAAUUUUGACCAAUAUUACUAUAUAAAAUAAUAUUUAUGGCUUUGAUGCGUAAAAUAUCAUGCAUACAAGCAUGCGAUUGCAUGUGAAUGCGUUGGGGUAACGGUACCGGGUAAUAGAUACCCGCGUUAAGCCUACGCUCUAUUUCCUGAAUUACAUCUAUUUAUCUCUUAGAUAAUGGUCUGUUCAACAAUUGUAAAUGAAAAAUAGGUCCGAUAAAAUAAAAUUGUAUAAUUAUAAUGGGUUAGAUUUUAUGUACGGGAACUAUUUCUCUUCAUACAAAAUAAUGAAUAAUUUCGUUACCCCAUAUGAGGCCUCAUAAGUAAGGGUUAUUCUAUGUUUAGAACAUGAUGGAAUUUCCAUGAUUUGUGUGACGAGCCGAAUAUUGAUGUGUAAAAUUCAAAUUUUGGUGAGUGAGCGUAAUAAAAAAUAAUAUUUAAGUAACUAUGAUUUUUGUACGGGAACUGCUCGCAUGCCAGUAUGUAUUCUAGGUGAUUACAUUUUAUUCUUAUUUCUAACAUAAUUUAUGGAUAAACUUUUUCUAAAACUAUCGAGAAAACAGUUUGAUUAUAAGAAUAUGAUAUCAAUGUUGUUAAACAGCUUUUUUAAUGUGUUAAAUAAUUCAUAAUUUAACUGUCAGAUGUAGCAUGACAAUUAAUAUAUGAUUUAAGGAAUCAAUAAGAAAUGCUUUCAUAUCACUAACCAAUUAGAUUACCUGCAUGAUUUUUAUUUAAAAGUUGAACGAAAAAGGAGUUUAUUGCCAUAAAAGGUGUUUGACUCAAUUAAUUGUUAUUGUUUUCAUUUUCUAUUACAUUGAUAUAUUUAUUUAUUCAUGGACAUUGCAUGAUUUUUUUGAUACUGACUUAGGUGUUUUGUUUUUUUCAAAACAAUAUUUUUUGAGAGAGAUUUACAAAUUUUGACAGAACAGUUUUAAAGAUAUUUGUGAGAUGAUUUGUAUUGUAUUUUGUGCAUAUUUGUAUUAUGUAUAUAUUGUUGAACAAUUUGUUAAUCAAAUGAUGAUCUAUCAUUGUAUUGCCGAUUUAUUACAUCUGCUAUUGUACUUAAGUUAUAUUGCAGAUUGGUGUACAGUUGUAUGUAAAGUUAUAUUGUAGAUUGAUAGAUCUGCUGUUGUAUGUAAGUAGUAUUACAGAUUGAUCUACUACUGCAUAAAAGAGUUUGCACAUUGAUAGAUGUGCUGUUGUAUUUAAGUUAUAUUGCAGAUUGAUGUAUUGUUGGUGAGUUAUAUUGCAGUUAAAUGUAAGUAAUAUUGCAGAUUGACCUGCAGUUGUGUGCAAGUUAUAUUGCAGAUUGAUCUUCGAUUCUGCAAGUUAUAUGGCAGAUUGCUCUGCAGUUGUGAGCAAGUUAUAUUGCAGAUUGAUCUUCAAUUGUGCAAGUUAUAUGGCAGAUUGAUCUGCAGUUGAGUGCAAGUUAUAUAUUGCAGAUUGAUCUUCAAUUGUGCAAGUUAUAUGGCAGAUUGAUCUGCAGUUAUGUGUAAGUUAUAUUGCAGAUUGAACUGCAGUUGUGUGCAAGUUAUAUUGCAGAUUGAUAUUCAAUUGUGCAAACUAUAUGGCAGAUUGAUCUGCAGUUGUGUGCAAGUUAUAUGGCAGAUUGAUCUGCAGUUGUGUGCAAGUUAUAUUGCAGAUUGAUCUUCAAUUGUGCAAGUAAUAUGGCAGAUUGAUCUGCAGUUAUGUGUAAGUUAUAUUGCAGAUUGAACUGCAGUUGUGUGCAAGUUAUAUUACAGAUUGAUCUUCAAUUUUGCAAAUUAUAUGGCAGAUUGAUCUGCAGUUAUGUGUAGUUAUAUUGCAGAUUGAUCUGCAGUUAUGUGUUAUUUUGCAGAUUGAUCUGCAGUUGUGUGCAAGUUAUAUGCAGAUUGAUCUUCAAUUUUGCAAAUUAAAUGGCAGAUUGAUCUGCAGUUAUGUGUAAGUUAUAUUGCAGAUUGAUCUGCAGUUGUGUGCAAGUUUUAUUGCAGAUUGAUCUUCAAUAGUGCAAGUUAUAUAUGGCAGAUUGAUCUGCAGUUAUGUGCAAGUUAUUACACUGUAUUUGAGUUAUAUUGUAGAUUGGUCUUAUAUUGCAGAUUGAUAGAUCUGCCAUUUUAUGUAAGUUAUAAUGUAGAUUGAUAUGCUAUUUUAUGUUGACUAUUUAUAUUGACUUUAUGCCAUGUUUGUUAUGAAAAUGAUAGUUAUUGUUAAGUAUGUAUGAUGAAUUAAUUAUGUAUACAGUGUUAACUGGCAUUUCAUUAAGAUCUGAAAAAUGGUAUUAAACAGGUGUUUUCAAGUACCGGUAUCUUAUUCCCGGCAUUUAAAUUGAAAAGUUAUUGAAUAUUUCUGAAAUAAAGUCACUCGUGUUUAAAUCUAUUAUGCUUACUUUUAUUUUGAUAAAUGAAAUUUUGAGUUUAAAAACCAAAGAACAACUACUUCUGGUUGAAGAUAUACUAUGCUGAAGUAAAAUAUUUGUAUUGCAGAAAUUUAUUGCAAUCUAUAAAAUUCUUACUGAAUAUGUCAUAUUUAAUUAAAAGAACGUAAAACUAUAUAUUGGAAUCUUUCUUCCUUAUUACAGGUCAAAUAAAGCUGGUCCUUUCUAAAAAAUAUGACACUUUAUAUUGAAAGUGUGUCCACAAAUAGUGUGUAGGAUUUAAAGCAUAACAUAUCUUCUUUGUUUGAAGUCAAAACAUGUUUAUUUUAUGUUUUUAAAAAAAAACUGUGUAGCAAUUAUCAAUAUAUUCAAAUGUUGAGCAAGGUACAUGUAUAUCUUUAAUUGCUUUGUAGUAUUCCUUUCCAGGAACAAUUUUAUACUAUGUUAACACAACAAAUCUUACAAUGUAGGAAAAAUAAUAGUUUAAAGGGAGCAGUGACUUAGUGAUAACAGUGUCCGUGGGUUUGAGUCCAAAUUGCAAGAGAUUGUUAUGGCAGUCAAGCUUAGAAAGAAUUGAUGAAAGUAAUAGAUGAUGAUAAUCUAACAUUUAAGACAUACUAUGAUUGAAAAAAGUGUUCAUUGUGCUAAAUUUAUUCGUGGCAUGUCAGUAUCAUGUAUUAUUCUUGAUCUAUGUUGAAAAUAAAAUGUGCUAGAAUGUAAUAA